GUUGAAAAUCUAAGAAGAUGAAUCAUGACAUCACCAUGACUCAUAUAAACUCUCUUCUCUGUUUCUGAAUUCAAGUUUCCACACGAAGGAAAAUUAGUUCUUAUUCCAGAGAACUCGAUGAUCAUGAGACCCCAUGGCAAAGAGAAGAAGUUAGUGUUUCCGUACGUUUUCAUGGCAUGUUGCUUUUUCUUCACCAUCAUCGGUUUCUCCUAUUUCUCUCAGAGCAACAAGAAAAUCGAAUCUUUUGAUCAUGAAGAAACUGGAGAUGGUUCUGUCUCUAACAUUCCAUAUCAGGUUUUAAGUUGGAAACCUCGAACUUUUCACUUUCCCAAUUUCGCAACUAAACAACAAUGUGAAGCCAUAAUCAAUAUGGCAAAACAUAAGCUCAAGCCUUCUCUUCUUGCUCUAAGAAAAGGCCAAACCGUAGCAGAUACCAAUCAAAACGUUAGAACAAGCACGGGAGUUUUCAUUGCUUCUUACGAAGACGAAUCAGGGAUUUUAGCUGCCAUCGAAGAGAAAAUAGCCAUAGCCACGAAGCUCCCUAGAGAUAAUUAUGAACCAUUCAACAUCUUGAGGUAUCGGCUUGGUCAGAAGUAUGAUUCACAUCGUGACGCAUUCGAUGAAGUUGAGUACGGUACACAGAGAAGCCAAAGGCUCGCAACGUUCUUGUUGUACUUAUCGAGUGUGGAAGAAGGUGGAGAAACGAUGUUCCCAUUCGAGAAUGGGAGAAACAUGAAUGGAAGAUAUGAUUAUCAAAAGUGUAUUGGUCUGAAAGUGAAGCCAAAGCAAGGAGACGCUAUUUUCUUUUACAACUUGUUACCAAACGGAACAAUUGAUCAGAGAUCUCUACAUGGAAGCUGUCCUGUUAUAAAGGGUGAGAAAUGGGUUGCAACAAAGUGGAUAAGAGACCAAUCAUAUGGAGAUUAUGCAGAUGAAUUUGUAGACUUGCAUAACAGUAAUUUUGAACAGAACUAAAUGUUGAGUAUUUUUCAAAUGGCAAAAUAGUUACUUAGGAAAAGGAUUCACUUUGUUGAACUGCAAAUUCCCAAAAUGUAAUAAUGCCAAACUCUAUUAUAUCUUCUGGAAGCUGCAAUUUCUAAAUGACACAAGGAAACAAAUGUUCA